CCAGCAUACACCCCAAACGACCAAGAACAAACAGCAUACACUCACCCUGGCCAUCACCAGACAAGCAUUAACGAUAGUCAAAGGUAUACGAACGAUGUCCUACACAGUCUCCACCUCAACAACCUACCUAACACCCCCAACCUCCCCCUCCCACCGCCUCUACUCAAAAACCUGGACACCCACCCCAGCUCCCCUGGCUCGUGUGCUCUUCGUCCACGGUUUCGCCGAACAUAUCGAGCGCUAUGACCAUGUUUUCCAAUUAUUAGCCUCUAAGGGAGUCGAGGUGGUUGCAUGGGACUCGAGAGGUUUUGGGCGGAGUGCGACGGAGAAGAAGGAAUGGGGUGUGACAGGGGGAAGUGAAGUCCAGAUGGGGGAUAUACAAUGGAUGGUACACACCCAUCGCCCGGAUUUCCUAUGGGGACACUCGAUGGGCGGAGCCUUAGCCCUCGCAUACGCAAUCCAACACGGCGAAGACCCACACUGUCCGCUGAAGGGCGUUAUCUCGAGCUCGCCUUUGUUACGACAAGCACCCUCCGCACGACCAUGGGGAAUAACACUUGCUCUCGGUUCACUCGCGGCUAAACUCCGUCCAAACCACCAAAUGAAAACGAACCUCCCUCCACGCCACAUGACCUCCGACCCGACCAAACAGCGCGAAAUACAAGCCGACCCUUUGAUGCGCGACACCGGUACCCUCCACGGUAUCAGCACCAUGCUCCACUUCGGUCCCUCCACUCUCUCGCGUGCACACGAGCUACGCAUCCCUCUGCUCGUGUACCAUGGCGAUGGGGAUUUAGUUACGGAUUAUGAGGCGAGUAGGGAGUUUGUGGAGGGCGCGACGGGUGUGAGAGGCGGCGAUAAGAGUUUUGUGGGCGUGCCGGGGGGUGCGCAUGAGGUGCUCAACGAGGAGGGGUGGGAAGGGGUUGUGGAGAUGCUUGGAGGGUGGGUUUUGGAGAGGGUUGGGAAUGAUAAGAUGGGAGAUGGGAGUCCGAAGUUGUAGGAUAAAGAGUUGGCAUGAUAUGAAAGGUGUGCG